CAUUUUUAGCAUAUGAGACAUUUGCACAUGGACUUAGGAAGUGUACAACAGCCAAGAAAAUGAUUGUUUUUCUCUUUGUUAUCUCAACAAAUAUACAUGCAACAACCUGCAGCGAAUCAUCAAAACUGGUGAUUGGACAGGUUGGGGACACUGUUACUCUUCCGUGCAAAUAUGACAUUAUCACUAAUGGCCUAUUGAACGUUUGCUGGGGGAGACAUCAGUCGUUGUUCGGCUGCGAGAACACUGUUAUCUCCUCCGAUGGCUUGCAAGUGACUUACAGAGAGUCGCGUAGAUUCAGCUUGGCCAGUGGACUGAAGCGAGGGGAUGUUUCACUUACCAUAAAUGCUACUCAAAAGAGGGAUGCUGGGAUGUACGUGUGCCGUAUCGAGAUCCCUGGACUUUUUAAUGACAUUAGCUACAAUAUCUAUCUGUUUAUCAGCAGUGGCCUGGAUCCAAAGAGAGUCAUCUCAGAAACACAACUGGUUCCUGCAACAGCAAAUCAGGAAAAGCAAGAAGCUACUGAGAUCUACAUGGAGGAAGUCAUCGCAGCACACCACAAUGAGAAUUCAAUGGAAACAUUUGUCAUAAAUACUAUAAGAGUGGGAGCCAUUGUCUUCAUCCCGGGUUUAAUCAUCGCACUUCUGUUCAGACUGCGGCGCCCCAGAGAACACACCAGCUGCAUGAGAAUAUAAAACCUAACGCUCUCCCUGGCCCAACAACCACAUUAAAAAUAUGGUGUGAUAGUUCACUAUGGUCACUAUGACUGUGUAAAAAAACCACAUGCAUGGUAACGUGUUUUUUCUUCUUCUUCUUUCUUGCGGUUUGUUCUCAGUGCCCAAUAUUUAUAUGGUCAGCUAUUAAUCAGCUUGUUUAUUAGUUGUUAGUUGUAACAGGUUAACCUAUGAAAUGUUUGUUAUCAGUAUCUUCACUUGUAAAGAAAGUCCUUUAGUAAAAAAGCUUCUAAACUCUAACGUCAUGCAUCUCUUUCUGUAUCUGGAAACGCAAUUCGAUUAAUCACACAAUAGCGGCCUCUAGUGUUCAAUGGGGACGCACAGAAAUGUCGACCUAAAAGUUUUAAUAAUGUACAAAAACUUAAUAAACAAAAGCUAAAGCUCGCA